UUUGACGACGAACUCGAACAAACCAUCUUAGAAGCUAAAACAUAAUGUUGCCGCACAAAUAAUCAGUUUUAAUUCGUCUGUGGUGUGGUUGAGUCGUCGGUUGUUCUCGAAUCUCGAAUCUCGCUCCUCUUCGACAGUGAGUUAGCUAUAGCUGAGUAUUAAGGUAUUAAAAAAGAAGAAAAGACUCACAGAAAAGCGGUUUCUGUGUUUGUUGUUGAUGAGGGUUUUAAUAAGAAGUUGCUUGCUGAAGAAAUAGGUACCUAUCUACCUACCUUACGUAUCUCUAUCGAUAGAUAUUCCUUCAGAACUAAACAUUAAGCCAGUACCUCUGAGAAGCUUGAUAUAAAACGCAUAAUAAGGGGAAUGCACCCGUUAAUGGUGAUGCUCGUAUUCCUCGUAAACCUCUAGACUAUAAUAAUUUUGUGCUCUCCUGAUGACUAAAUGUUAUGUGGAUGUAAAAGAUAGAUUUUUUGUAUCUUUGAGAUAAUUUAGAUUAUCUUCGAUUGGAUUUUUAUUAGAAACAUCAUUAAAUAUUAUAAUUGAUUUUAUUUUACUGCGUUUGUGCUGAAGUAAAAAAGUGUUUUAUUUUUGUUUUUGAAAAAAAAGAAAUACAUUUCAAAAGUUUUGUGAUCAUUAAAUCGAAAACAGAAAAGAUUAAAAUAUAAAUAUCCUUAAAAUGCAUAAAUUAAACAUGAAAAUUCUGCCGGUUUGUGAAUGAUUAAGAAAUUGAAUUUUUUAAAAUAAAAUUGAAAUAACAGUUUUAUUUGAAGCUGAUUUGUUUAAAAAAAAAAAUUGAUUUUUAAAAACAGUUAGUGAUUUAAAGAACAUGAAACAAGGAUACACAAUGGCUCACAUAAAUAGCCAAGGAUUAAGCAUUAGCAUACUUUUUGGACUUGUUUUAGCGCAAUUUCCAAUUAAUAUCGUCACAGGACAACAACAAAUAAAUUACGCUGUACAAUCCUUCCGUACAACCCCCCACGAUGUACACAUCCUCGAAGGUACCGACACCCUGCUUCGUUGUGAAAUUUCCAACCGAGUCGGAAAAGUUCAAUGGACAAAGGAUGGAUUUGCAUUGGGAUUUUCCACCAUCAUCCCCGGUUAUCCUCGAUAUUCGGUUAUUGGUGACUUUAAUCAAGGAGUCUACAAUUUACAAAUAUCGAAUACGACUUUGGAAGACGAUGCUGAAUAUCAAUGUCAAGUUGGUCCGGCCAAAGGUAAUCCAGCUAUCCGGGCCAAUGCAAAGCUUAAUAUAAUCGCUGCGCCCACAUCAAUUCAAAUAGAUGGUUAUGGUUCGAAUUCUCGAGUUGAGGUUAUUGAAAAGCAAAAUUUAACAUUGAAGUGCAUAGUUGAAAAUGCCAAACCUGCCGCAGAAAUUGUUUGGUAUCGAGGAAAUAUGGAAUAUACCAAUGCUUAUGAACCGGAAGUGCAAGUUAAAGAAACACAAUUGAAAACUUUCACUACCACUUCGACAAUUACCAUUCGUCCAAGUGCCGACGAUGACUACAAGGAUUUUUCAUGUCAAGCAAAACAUCGUGCUCUGCCUCCAGAUGUCCCAAUGCGUGCCAAUAUUCAUCUAUCUGUUCUGUAUCCCCCAGGCCCGCCAUUUUUUGAAGGCUAUUCUACUGGGGAAAACUUGAGACGAGGACAAAACGUUGAAAUUGCUUGUCGCAGUCGAGGUGGUAAUCCACCAGCUCAAUUGGUAUGGUUUAAAAAUGGCCAGCCAAUAGUUUCACCACAAAAGAACAUGGGACGUCUAUCGGAAAAUGUUUAUAAAUUUGUAGCCGAACCAAGUGACAAUGGAGCGAAAUUAACUUGUGAAGCGAAAAAUAUUCUUUCCGAAGAGCCCCUAAAGGCCGAUCUUGAACUGUCCGUGACAUUUUCUCCAUCUGAAGUUACUAUUUCGGGUCCAACAGAGGCUUUAGCCGAAGAGACGGUCCAGCUAUCGUGCUCUUCUGCUCCAUCGAAUCCAAUUGCAGAAAUCAGUUGGAGUGUGGACGGACAACAAAUGAAUGCCACCAAUUCGAAAAGCCAACAGAAUCCCGAAGGUGGUUGGAUAACAGUAUCAAACUUAUCAGUGACCAUUGGCUCAAAUAAGAGAUUCCUGGUUGCCGUGUGUCAUGGAUUUAAUGCAGCCUUGACAGAAGCAGUGGUGGCAACACAUACAAUAAAUAUUUUGCAUGCACCAUCAGCACCAUCUGUGACAGGUUACACUGAUGGCCAAAUAAUCGUGGCCGGAUCAAUUCAAAAGCUGACCUGCACAUCGGCAGGUGGAAAUCCACCACCAACUUUGAUUUGGUAUAAGAAUGAUAAAAAGCUAAACUCUGUAUCUAAAUUAAAUGGAAAUACAGUUAUCUCGGAAUUGACAAUAUUGGCUAACGCAUCAGAUAACCAAGCUCGUUACAAAUGUCACGUAGAAAGCAAAGCCAGUGAUAUACCAUUAUUCGAAGUUAAAACCCUGCAAGUUUACUUUCCACCUGAAACCGUCAAAAUCCGAAUCGAACCAAAGGAUCUCCAUCCGGGGACAACAGCCAAAUUGAUUUGUGACUCGAGUUCCAGCAAUCCGCCAGCCAUGGUGUCAUGGUGGAAGGACGGAAUACCCGUUAAUGGAGCAAAUCCUUCGAAUCGUUCUGGCUUAUGGGGUGGUUCAGUAUCUACGCUGGAAUUAUUCAUUAAUAUAACACAGGAGAUGCACGACUCGAUAUACACCUGCCAAAGUAUAAAUGAAGCAUUGCAGCGAAGCGCCCACGAAACAAUUUCCCUGGACAUUUUAUAUCCACCUAAAUUUGCCACAUCUCAGCCAGUGACAUUUACGGGGGUGGAAGGCGAGCCACUACAAAUCCCAUUAGUGGCAACUGCUAAUCCAAUGACAAUGUCAUUCACCUGGACUAAGGAUGGCUUUCCGAUUUCAUCGAACAACAGAGUUGCAAGCAAUGAGAGAAUUCUUGCGGAAGGACCUGUUCUAAACAUAAUCAAAUUGGAGAGAACGGACGCCGGCAGAUACACCUGUGAAGCUAUGAACUCACAGGGUACGACGACAAUGAGUGUCCUUGUGAUUGUCGAAUAUGCACCAGACAUCGAAUCAAUAUCGGAUGGAAACAUUUUUGCUCCCGGACAGGAUGCAGUACUUUCGUGUUCGAUUAAUGGCAAACCAUUAACCGAAGACCAUGUCAGAUGGGAGAGAUCUGGCUACGAUAUGGCUACUCGAACUACGGCAGCUUUCGUCAACGGAACCUCGUAUUUGCACAUCAAAAAUGUCCAACACUCUGACGUUGGGAACUUUACGUGCAUGGUUGACAAUCAGAGGGGUGCUAUGGCUCAGCGGGAUGUCCUUCUAAUUGUUGAAUCUGCUCCAAAAGUCGAUAAAUUUCCGUCAGCAACGCGGUUUGCGGCAGGUUUAGGCGAACGUGGUAUAUUGCAGUGUACGGCCCAAGGUGCUCCAACACCCAUGUUCGUUUGGCGGAAAAACGGCAAAGAAAUUAAGAUGUAUCGCCGGAACAAGUUCAGGAGUGAAGAAUACCAAAUUGACAAACUAUCAUCUGGAUCAAGGUUGUUUAUUGAGUCGGUGCUGAAUGACGAUUACGGAGUCUACGAAUGUGUGGCAAAGAACAUGCACGGUGAGUCAAGUGCUGCGAUACAGUUGAACAAGCCAUCGCGACCGGAAAGUCCUCAGAAGCUGAUGAUUAAUAACGUGACCGAUAAUAGUGUUCUCCUAUCAUGGAUUGCUGGUUUCGACGGAGGUCUACCUGUUUACUAUCGCAUUCGAUACAGGCAAUUGGAAGAGGAUAAAUACAAAUACGUUGAGGCACGACCAAAUUUUCUGAAUGCCACUAUCUCAGGCUUGCAAUCGAAUACGGUUUAUGUCUUUUCGGUAAUGGCAGCCAAUGAAGCCGGUGGAUCAAAGUUCUUGCCAGAUAUGAAAAUAACUAUAUCCACGAAUAAAUCGGAAGCUAUUACAGCUACAGAAAGCUCAGAGAAGAAUGAGAUGCCCAAUUUGGUUAUAAUUGGAAUUACGUCGGCGGCUAUGAUUUUACUUAUCUUGAAUGCGGCGUUAGUGGCUUGGUUUGUAAUAAGGCGACAGAAUAAGGAUUCGGCGGAGAGUGAACAUCAAGCGGAUGAUGCUUACUCGAAGGAUGAUAAUCAAUCAGACUAUAAGGGUGAAAAUCACAAAAAGGCUGCCUCAACAUAUUUGGUCGAAAAUGUUGAUAUCAUCCAAUCAGCUUCAUUUCCACCAAAAUACCAAGAGAGCUCCCUAAGCUCGCCUCCCUACACCAUUAAUGCAGAUUAUACCAAAACAUUGCCAAAUCCAAAGCGUCAUGCCAAGAUUAUGAACGACAAUCGAUCAAAGGAUGACCACAUGUUGGUGUCCAAUGGAUUAUACAUUCCUUCGCCAUCUCCAGCUUCGUCGUUGGUUAUCAAAGGGAGUUACAUUUCAUCGCCGUCACCGGCGCCACCGCCCGAUGGAUCAUACUUCAACAUGAGCGAUAAAUACUUAUCUUAUCCACCAGUGGUAAGGGCGGUUUAUUAAACAAGACGAGAACCACAAAUCAUCGUUAAAAAAAGGGUGUCAUGCGUUACAGCAUUUAAAUUUGAAGAAGAGACUGAGAAACACACAAAGCAAAAACAAAACAAAACAAAAGUUGCCCUUGGAUGCACAGAUUCUGGGAAUAAAAUAUAAAUAUUUGACACGAGUUCUGUGCAAAAGGCUGUGAUAUGUACCUGUUAUAUGAUAUCAUUGAUACAAUAUUUAUUUAUUAUUAAAAAAACAUAAAAAGAAACAAAAAUUAAUUAAUUACUCACAAAUUCGACGAUUCGAUACGAGAUACGACGAACAUGUUGCUUCUUUCUUUGUACAUAAAGAUAUAUCAUAUUUUUUCCGAUUUCAAAACUUUUUAUAUAAAUAUAUUAAUGUAUUUAAUUAAAUAGUAAUAAAAUAAUUAUUUAGUACUAAGAAUGUAUGUAUAUGUAUUUUUAAAAUUAAAAUUAAAUUAAAUUUAAGCCUACACAGCAAAACACAAAAAAAAAUAUAUUUAAAGACAAUAAGUUAUAAUAAUGCAUUUCAUCACAUUCAGCAAGCAGCUAAAUAAACUUCUUAAAAUCUAAAAAAUUAAUAAAAAUUACAAAAUAAGCCUGCAUGCUUAUAUAACAAAACAAAAAAUAUAAAAUAGCGAUACGACAUUUUUUAUCAAUAUGAAUUUAUAUUUAAGACUUUUUUAUUGAAUAAAAAAAAUUAUAUGAUAUUUAAAAA